AUGCGUGGUAAAGAACUAGAUAUAUAUACGCGCGAGUGUAUAUGUGAAUUGAAAUUCACUCUUAAAUGGGGUGCCCGCCGAAUUCAGAAGUACCGCUUUCCUGAUAUCCCUCUAUCAACUAUCUCAUAUACCCUGACUAUGGAGAGAAAGCGCGUGAAUAGUGCGUCUCUCGCGCGUACUGGUACCCCACGUAGGCCUCUGCACGGGACCGGAAAGACCGCACCCAAGACCGCAUUAGACCGCACCGCGCGGUCUUUGGUCCCAGACCUUGAGACCGCUGGGCGGUCCUACAUUUUUAGGGACCGCACCACUGCGGUUUGGUGCGGUCCUGCGGUCCUGCAAACAAGCAAAACAUCUUAG